GCAUAGUCAAAAAACAAGAAAAAUAUGCUAAGGAAAGAGAAAGAAGCCAACGCUCAUUUGAUAAGGCUUUAAAAUAUCUCAAUAUUAAGCAUGGAAAUAGUCAGACCAAAUUAGGUGAUAGAAUAAGAACCGCAAAAACUAAAUUUGGCGAAAAAGCAGAUCAUCCCUUAAUUUGCACACAUGACCACUGCCUUUGGUGGCGAAAAGAGCAUGUUUUUAAAGAUUUUAAGUCUUCAAUAAAGAAUUCUGAGAAGGAAGAGGAAGAUGAUGAUUAA